CUUAUAAGUAUUGAUGAGCAAUUAGCAGCACAAAACCAAAUUUUCACUGUGUACAUGCAGAGAGGGUUUAGGCUGGAGAAUAUGGGAAAAACCAUUACUUACAAAAAUUUCCCCACAAUGAAUGGAUGACAAACACGGUCUAACUUUUUUGCAAUAAAGAGUAACAUCUUCCUUGCAUUAAUUGAAUUUAUUUACUUUUCUUCAUUUUACCCUUCCAACUGUCUUAAUUUGAUAAUAAGCAGAUAAUGGCAACUGAAAAAGAAUUUAAAACUUUUACUGAAGAAGAAGUUCGUCGCCAUGCUUCAGAGGAUGAUCUAUGGAUUACUAUUGACGGCACCGUUUAUGAUUUGACUAAUUUUGCUGACCUUCAUCCUGGCGGUGUUUUCCCUCUUUUGGAGGUUGCUGGCAAGGAUGCUACAGAUGCCUUUUAUGGCUUGCAUAGACAGGACGUACUGCGUAAAUAUGAUAGGUAUAGAAUCGGUACAAUUGCCGACUUUAAACCUCAAAUUGAAUGGAGAGAACCUGGUAGCUUAUCAAAAGUACCUUAUGGUGAAGCUAUGGCUUUCCAAGGCUACAAAUCACCCUACUAUAAAGAAUCACACUUCAGAUUUAGAGAAGCGGUUCGGAAGAUUUUGGACCCUUUGAUGGAAGAAGCGCGUCAAUACGAAGAUUCUGGUGAAAGGCCUCCAAAUUCAUUCUUGGAAACUCUUGGAAAGCACGGUCUUAUAGCUGCUAACAUUGGUCCCGGCCCAUGGUUGAAGGGAAUCAAAUUACCCGGAGGGGUUCAUCCUGAAGAAUAUGACUAUUUCCAUGAGCUAAUCCUUCAUGCCGAAUUCUCUCGUUUUGCUUGUCCAGGCUAUAUUUCUGGCGCUUUAAGUGGACCUCUUAUUUCUGUUCCUACCAUUCUUAACUUUGGUAGUCCAGCCUUAAAAGCACGUGUUGUGCCUGAAAUAUUCAAUGGAAAAAAAAAGAUGGCUUUGGCAAUCACUGAACCUUAUACCGGCUCUGAUGUUGCUAGUAUCAAGACUAAGGCAGUGAAGACACCUGAUGGAAGGCACUUUAUAGUAAAUGGUGUUAAGAAGUGGAUUACUACUGGCUGUUGGUCAGACUAUUUCUCAGUUGCUGUCAGAACAGAUAAGGGUAUCUCUAUGCUAUUUAUUGAACGUGGAGAAGGAGUAGAAACAAAGUUGAUAAAAACAUCCACUGCCACUUGCGCCGGUACUGCAUAUGUCACAUUUGAAAACGUCAAGGUUCCUGUGGAGCAUUUGUUGGGUGAGGAAAAUAAAGGUUUCCAAGUUAUACUCUCUAAUUUCAAUCAUGAGCGUUGGGCUAUGCUUACUGGUGCUACGAUGACAGCACGUCUUGCUGUAGAAGAAUGUUUCAAAUGGGCAAACCAACGUAAAGUAUUCGGCAAGCGCUUAAUUGAUCAACCUGUCAUAAGAUUCAAACUAGCAAAAAUGAUUGCAGCCGUUGAAAGUGCCCAUAGUUGGGUCGAAAGUUUGACUUACCAAAUGAAUAAUAUGAAUUACGCAGAACAAUCAACUCAUCUUGCAGGCCCUCUUGCUCUUUGUAAAUUCCAAGUGACUCGUAUGCUACACGACGUUUCUGACGAUGCCUGUCAAAUUUUUGGCGGAAGAGCCAUUACAAAAUCUGGCAUGGGUAGACAUAUUGAAACUCUUCAAAGAACAUAUAAAUUUACUGCUAUCCUGGGCGGUGCAGAAGAAAUUAUGGCAGACCUUGGCGUUCGUCAAGCAAUGAAGAAGUUUCCCACUGGAGCCCGACUUUAAACAUAUAUGAGCCCUUACUGAAAUUUUAAUUGACAGCAUACAUUUUUAUGUCCACAAUAAGUUUGUCAUAAUGAAUCUGUACUAUAGGAAAAACUAAUUGUAAUAAAACCAUUUCAUUUUGGUAUCUUAUGCUUUUAAUGUUUUUAAUUAAUCUCUUUGACUAGCAUUCAAGAUCUGAAGAAUACGAAGGAACAAAUUAAUCAUAUCAAGGUACAAACUAGUCGAUGCCAUGAUAUAGUCCUCGGGUGAGUAGCGAUUGAAAAUCAAAUAGGUAUCAAAAAUAAUGUAACCAGAAAAAAUUAUUACACCAGCAAUUGCGAGAGGUAAUUCAACGUCGCCAACAAAUGGAAGCAGAAUGCCUGCUAUUAGGAGAAUCCAAAUGCCAGCAAACAAACUGCAAAAUUUUCAUUGAA